ACAAGCUAAUAUUAUUUUAAAGAGCUAACAGGCACAAGCUUUCUUUGAUAAUAUAUACACAUAUAAUAAUAAUAUUGUCAUUCUUUCGAUUCCAAGUGACCGACCAUUAUAAUGAAUACCACCAACGUUCUCCUCCAGGUUGCAAUCUUCCUCCUCACCAACGUCGUAUUGUUCAUAUCUUCGGCGUCAAUUCGGACUCAAUGUAAAAUACCAAAAGACUUGAAAGUCCAAUACGAGAAACUAUCCAGUGCAUCGAUCGGCAAUAACUUUUUUCUACCAGCUGAAAUAGCUCCAGGAGGAAGUGACCAACAAGAACUGACCGAAGGGGAUAAAACUUGCCCAACAUCUUCUGUAUCUACUGAUAUCAUCCGCGAACGUUCAACCUGCCCAUGGUACCUGAAAAUUACCCACAAUUCGACAUAUUUUCCUUCAUCCCGCACUGAAGUCGUGUGUCGCUGUAUAGACUGUCUGGACUCUGACAGUAACCAUCAAUGUGUGAUGGUAUAUACUCCAAUGAGUGUCCUGAAACGUACAGCUACAUGUGUUGAUGGACUGUACGUUUAUCAACCAAGUGUCAUCCAUGUAGCCACAGCCUGUGUAUGCGCACGGAAAAUCGAUGUAAUAUCCGGAGGAAAUGACGACGAAUAUGAGUCAUAAUAUCGGCCAAAAUCAUCAAACAUUCAAUUGUGUGUAACACAAAAGUUUUUCAUAAUGUUAUGAAAGUUUCAGUAAACCACUGUGUGGUUGUUAUAAGAAACACAUACGAAACAUGCGUACAAACAAAAUUAUAAAUGCGUGCUCUCACGCUAUUUCUAUCUUUCUCUCUAUCUCUUUCUAUCUCUCUUUAUUUGUAUACAUACACACAAACACACACACAGAGACUCACAAACACACACACACAGACUCACAAACACACACACACAGACUCACAUAAAUACAAACACAAACUCUCACACACACACACUCAAAUACACACAUACACACACACAUAUCAUACAAAUAUAAAUAAAUAUGUGUAUUUAAAUACGCAUAUAUUUUUACGUAUAUAAGUAUAUAUUUGUAAAUACAUACAUACACACAUACACACAUACAUACAUACAUACAUACAUACAUACAUACAUACAUACAUACAUACAUAUAUACAUACAUACGUACGUACGUACAUAUAUGUGCAAAAACCAGUUUUGUUUCCUCAAUAUGGUUCAGACAUAUUUCUUGCAAAUAAAUUUGUUUUUUUUAUUUCUAUUUUGUUAACACUGAAGGGAACUCUUAUCUUACUUACUAACAUAUUUAACUCAUCAUUAAAAUUUCCUUUUUUUUUACCUAAACUUAUAUGAAGCUUCUUUUUAUAUAAAUAUUUGAAACCGAUAAAUGGUAAUGAAUGCAUUUACAUAUACGUUACAAGUUCCUAGCAUUAAAUACUCCGAUCUUUAUAAGAACCAUCCAUGCAGACACAUUCAAAGCCAUAUGGUAUCCUAUUUUGCUGGUAUUCUGUUCAAUAUAUGAAAACAUAACUACGAAACGUAAUUGUAAUAAUGAACAACACGUCAUUCCAUUUGAGUAACAUUUCAAGGGUGUAGACAGAAUUUUCAAAAAUGUUAAGUUCAUAAAUGUGAAGAAGUGCGUGCCUGACUUGGUUUUUUUUUUUUUUUUUUUGUAAAUCCGUGUACAUGUAAUACAUAUACAGGGACAAUUCACAAAAAAAAAAGAUGAAGGCAGGUGGUAUAGACAACAAACAGGUGUAUUAGUUUAACGCUCGGGAACUGAAAAAGUCUUCAACGUUUCGAGCCUACGCUCUUCCACAGAAAGGAACACAGAAAGAAACAAUGAGAGGAAAUAAAGUGUAAUGGCUAGCGAACUAUGAUGACGAAUAUAUAUAUAUAUAUAUAUAUAUAUAUAUAUAAAUGAAUACGUACAUACAGAAAGACAGAAAGAGAGAGAUAGAGAGGAAUGUAUAAAGUUAGGAGGCUUCACAGAUGAAUAUAUAUUAUAUUUUACUCUUGUCUUUCGUAGGAUUACAGCCGUUUCACAACUUUCUUCACGUAUCAAUUUCACUAUGCAACGAUUUAUACUUACAUGUUUUCGUUCAAAUCAUGGCUCAUCCUUAUACAAAACACUUUUAUAUUCACAAAUUAAUUCAAACAGAGAAGCUAGCGUCCACGAAAAUUUGACAUGACAUUACCUUGUAAGUGAUGAUCACGUCGUGAAUUGAUAGACGAUUCGGUAAGGGGAGAUUACUGAAAGCCGCAAGAAUCUCAGAAUCCAUAUCCAUAUCAUAUAGUUACUAACACUGGUGCUUAGUACACCAGUACAUUCUCACUAAUAAUACCAUUUAUGUAAUAUUUAUAUAAAUAUUUAAUUUUUACCGUUAUAUAAAUCUGAAACACAUUAUAUACAUAUAUAUAUUUUUGUAUAUAUUUUAACAUAAUUUCAUAUAUGUGUGUGAGCGGAUGUAGAAAUCAGUGUCUGUUUGUGUGUAUGUGUAUUUGCAGGCGCACAGAUGCUCACACACACAUAUUUAUGUAUAUGUCACUGUAAAUCAAAAAAUAAUAUACUUUUUAAUAUCUUAUUUAUUUUUUUCUGUGUAUAUAUUUAGAAUUAUAUUUAUC